AUUUACAAAUAAUAUACAUACAAUACGGAACACAUUAUAUUAAAUUGCAAUUUUAAUUAAACUUUUAAUCCAAGAUUCUGUGUUACUUGUUGCUCUCAUGUCUAUAUAUUAUAUAUAUCGUUUUGUAUAUUAUAUAUACAAAACGAUUCUGCCCAAUAACUAUAGAACAACUAAGUGGACUAAAUCCUUGUUGGUUUAUUUCAUGUACAAAGAGUAAUUUAUAAUACUGAAAAUAUAUGUCAAUACUAUGUAUGACAUCUUGUUAAAAAGUAUCGUAUUGUGGUAGCUGUAAUGUAAUUAAUUCAAAACUAGUGUAUGUAGCAUACAUAUAAUAUAAUAAUAUUAUUCUACUUAUUGUACCUAUGUAGUACAGUAGUAGUAAUUAACUAUUUAUAGUGUGUGUGUGAUAUUUCCUCAGGCAAGAUUUAGUAAAUUGAGAGUUGCUUUUAAAAAAUAUCCCCUUUUAAGGGGAAUGGCCUCAUAUGGCGUCAUAUGGCCAAUAUCCAGUCUUAUACAACAAUCAUUUGAAGGGCGAGAUAUUGAUAAUUAUGACUGGUGGAGAACUGCACGGUAUGGUUUCUAUGGGUCCUGUUACGUGGCUCCUACAUUGUAUACUUGGUUGACAGUGGCCAAUAUGAUGUGGCCUGGAAGUACAAUUAGAGCUGGAUUGAUUAAGACAUUCAUUGAAACCAUAACAUAUACACCAUUUGCAAUGUGUAGCUUUUAUUUUGGAAUGAGUUUACUUGAGUUGAAACCAGUCCAUGAAGCUGCUGCUGAAGUUCAAGCAAAAUUUUGGCCUACUUACAAGGUGGGUGCAUCUGUGUGGCCAGCAAUUGCCAUGGUUAAUUUUUGUUUUAUACCACCACGAAACAGAGUACCAUUUAUAAGUGUUUGCAGCCUUAUUUGGACAUGCUUCCUGGCAUACAUGAAACAUUUGGAUAAAGAAAAAGUAAAAACUGAGAAAAAUGCUGUUCCAUUUCUGAAAAUUAGUAUAUGACAGUGUUAAAAAUAUAGCAAAAUUUUUUUUAGAAAUAAUAUAUAUUGAUAUUUAAGUAUAUAUGUUAUGUAAGGAAUGGUGAAAAGGGAGACUAUUUAUUAUAAUAUCCAGUCACUGUAUAUUAAUAACUGUGAUUGAUAAAUGAAAUAAUACAAAUAAGACACCAAAGUGUAUACUUAGACCAUAUUGUAAGUUGUCUUAUUGAAAUUUCUAAUUCCUUUAACUGAAACCUAUAUUCUUUGUGAUACAUUAAUGAAUUUCGUUUUCAAUUUAUCUGUUAUGUGUGUUCUCUAUUAAUUAUAUCAGGUUCAAAAAUAAUUAGAGAUCAGCAUAUUUCUUCUUUUCUUGAAAUGUAAAAACAUGGUGUUCCUUAUUGUAACUGCAUAAUGUUAAAUAUAGGUACCUAAAUUAUAAAAUUGGGUUAGAAAACAGUCAUAUACUUGAUAUAUUGUAUUAUUUAUAUAGCCUGGGCAUUAUAUGUAAUGCUCUUUUAAUCAUUCUAUUCAUAAGAUGUCACUUAAAGAUAAUUUAUUUUAACUAGAUAAUUCAAACAGUGUAAUAGAAAUAAUAUUUAUUAACUAUACCUUAUAUGAUCUGCGAUAAUAAUAUUGUGAUAAUUGUUUUAAUGUAGGGCAUGAAAUGUCAAUAUAGAGAUAGGUUGUUAUUGAUUACAAA